AUGGUUUCAAUGGAGGUCGCCAGCCGCUCAGGCGGUGCCAUGACGCAACUCUUGCGACGUUCCGGUCCUAAUGCCAUUCGAUCAACCACCGUUGUAUCUAAUAACACAAGGAGAAACUUCUCAAGCGCGAAGCCUCUUCCCCCUACCUACGAAAAGCUAUACACCAAGUACACCGAUGUCCGUCGAGUUCUCGGCAAGCAGCGUCUGACCCUCGCCGAGAAGAUCCUCUACAGCCAUCUCGACAACCCUGAGGACUCCUUGCUGAACAACACCGACAAUGGACGAAACAUCCGCGGGAAGGCCAAUUUGCGCCUCAAGCCCGACCGUGUCAACAUGCAGGAUGCUUCUGCUCAGAUGGCUAUUCUUCAGUUCAUGUCCUGCAACCUCGCCAAGCCGGCAAUCCCUGCAAGCAUUCACUGUGACCACUUGAUUGUUGGCUCCAAGGGUGCUGAGGAUGAUUUGUCUGCUGGUAUCCAGACUAACAAGGAGGUUUUUGACUUCCUUGAGUCUGCGGCGCGCAAGUACGGAAUGGACUUUUGGCCUCCUGGUGCUGGUAUUAUCCACCAGACCGUUCUUGAGAACUAUGCUCUUCCUGGAUUGAUGAUGCUUGGUACCGACUCUCACAGCCCCAAUGCUGGCGGUCUCUCUACAAUAACCAUUGGCGUUGGUGGUGCAGAUGCUGUUGAAGCCCUUGUCGGUGCUCCAUGGGAACUCAAGGCCCCCAAGAUUUUGGGCGUGCAACUUGUCGGCAAGCUGAGCAACUGGGCUUCUCCCAAAGACGUCAUUCUCCGGCUUGCUGGCCAUCUCACAGUCCGUGGUGGCACUGGCUCUAUCAUUGAGUAUUUUGGUGAAGGUGUCGAAAGCCUGAGCGCCACCGGCAUGGCUACUAUCUGCAACAUGGGCGCCGAAGUCGGUGCCACAACGUCUAUCUUUCCUUACACCAAGGCUUCGGCUAGAUACCUUGACUCGACCCGGCGAUCUCAGGCCAACAAGAACAUUGAAGCUCUGGAGACCUUUGCCAGCAACAGCUCCGACCCUGAUGCUCGAUGGCAAUUCAAGGCCGAUGAGGGCGCUGAAUACGACGAACUCAUCACCAUCGAUCUUUCGACUCUCGAACCUCACAUUAAUGGCCCUUUUACACCAGAUCUGGCCACACCACUCUCUAAGUUCAAGGAAGUUGUGAAGGAACAGGACUGGCCCCAGGUUCUUUCUGCAGGUCUCAUUGGUAGCUGCACCAACAGCUCUUACGAGGAUAUGACCCGUGUCGAGAGUUUGCUUAAGGAUGCCAAGAAGGCUGGGCUAAAGCCUGCUGCCGACUUCUACAUCACUCCCGGAAGUGAACAGAUCCGCGCCACGCUUGAGCGCGAUGGUACCCUUGAGACAUUCCAGGAGGCCGGCGGAAUUGUUCUCUCAAAUGCCUGUGGUCCCUGUAUUGGUCAGUGGAAGCGACAGGAUGGCGUUGAGAAGGGCACAAGCAAUGCUAUCCUGACCUCGUAUAACCGAAACUUCCGUGGCCGAAAUGAUGGUAAUCCUGAUACCAUGAACUUUCUGGCCUCUCCCGAGAUCGUCACCGCCAUGGCCUUCGCCGGAUCCACUACCUUCAAUCCUGUGACCGAUAGCAUCAAGACACCUGAUGGCAAGGACUUCAUGUUCUCUCCUCCUCAUGGUCUUGAGGGUCCCCAGACUCCUUUCGAGUCUGGCAACGCCGAGCUUGGUGUACUAUCCCAGGCCCCUGACCCUAACACCAAGAUCGCCAUCUCUCCCACUUCUGAGCGUCUGGCCUUCCUUGAGCCCUUUGCCCCUUUCCCCUCGUCUGAUCUCUCUGGCCUUCGUGUUCUUGUCAAGGUCACAGGCAAAUGUACGACAGAUACCAUCUCCGCAGCCGGCCCCUGGCUCAAGUACAAGGGCCAUCUGCCUAACAUUAGCACUAACACCCUCAACACCGCCAUCAACAAGGAGACUGGUGAGGUCAACGCUGCCUAUGACCUCGACGGCUCCAAGCACACUAUCCCUGAGCUUGGCCAACUCUGGAAGGAACGUGGUCAAGAGUGGCUUGUCGUUGCUGAGCACAACUAUGGUGAGGGCUCAGCUCGUGAACACGCUGCCCUGCAGCCUCGCUACCUUGGUGCCCGUGUUGUUCUGACAAAAUCGUUUGCCCGUAUUCACGAGACCAACCUCAAGAAGCAGGGUGUUGUACCUCUGACCUUUGAGAACGAGGCUGACUAUGAUAAGAUCGCCGCUGGCGACGAGGUUGCCACUGUCGGUCUGUAUGAGAUGCUCCAGAAUGGUGGCAAGGGCGAUGUUCAACUUCGUGUCACUAAGGCCUCUGGUGAAGAGAUCCUCAUUCCCACUAAACACGCUGUUACCAAGGACCAGGCUGGUUUCAUUCUUGCUGGCAGUGCUCUCAACUUGCUGUCUAAGGGCAUAUAA